GGAACAAAAUUAACAACACACACUUAGGUUCCUCUUUUCCCUCUUCCCUAUUCUUCGGUUUAUUCCCAAUCGCUAAACCAUACUUCUACAUUCAAAUCGAAUUACACAUCUCCUUCAAAUUUCAUUCCUUUCUCAUCUGCAAAUUCCAUUAAAAUGGACAUCGAAGAAAGGCAGGCAGAGUUAAUCGAACAAUUUGUGGAACAAGUCUCGGCAAUCAAGGGUUCUUCACUCAUUCCGAUCAUCAUGGAUGCUACUUCGAACCCUUAUCUCUUCGCUUUCUCCGAAAUUCUCGCCGUUCCUAAUAUCGCCGAGCUUGCAGGAACUGAGCAUUCUAUGUACCUUAACCUUCUCAGCUUGUUUGCUCAUGGAACAUGGAGUGAUUACAAACACAAUAAUAGGUCUCUACCUGCUUUGACAACUGAUCAAAUACUCAAGUUGAAACAACUCACCAUACUUACACUAGCCAAGACGAGCAAGGUACUCCCAUAUGAUCAUUUGAUGCAGGAGCUGGAUGUUACAAAUGUACGUGAGCUAGAGGAUUUUCUUAUCAAUGAGUGCAUGUAUGCGGGCAUUGUUAGGGGAAAGCUGGACCAGUUGCGAAGAUGCUUUGAGGUACAAUUUGCUGCUGGAAGGGAUCUUAGACCAGGGCAACUGGGUAGUAUGAUACAAACUUUGACUAACUGGUUGGGAACGUCAGACAACUUACUAUUGACAAUUGAAGAGAAGAUUAAAUGGGCUGAUAGCAUGAGUGAAGUGGACAAGAAACACAAGAAAGAAGUUGAAGAGAGGCUGGAAGAAGUCAAGAAGACCAUUUCUCACAAGAAGUUCCAAACUAGCAGGCCGAUGUGGACUUCCGAGGGCACGAGGAGAUCUACUCUGAACCUGGUGGAGUGAUGGACUUUGAGGAAGAUAGAAUCCGGCCUAAGAGGAGGCGACAUCCACUACAUUAGCAGUUGAUGGAGUGAUUUCAAGGGGACUGCUUGUUUUGGACAGCAGCAAACUGCACAGAUGAUACACUCCAUUGUUUUUGGCCUGUUGUCUCUGAAUUGACGUUUGCGAUUAAGCAAGUUCACUCCUUGAACUUAUGUUAUUAUUAUGAGAGUAGGUUUUCCGUUUUAAUAUUCAAGGUUUAAAAUAUUUCAUGGGUGAAUGAGGGUUUGUAAUAGUUUUAGUAAAGAUUCAUCAUACUAAAGUGUUCUUGAUUGACCUUUUGAUCCGAAAAUUUUGGCUGCUUUAUACCAAGUAUCAUAUUUAUGUUAGAUGUAGAUAGAAUUGGCUGUGAAUGCAUUGAAAGAGGCAAUGCUGACCUUUCUAACAGUUGCAAACAGUACCCAAAUAGUAUGUGAAUAGUGUACUAUUUGGAGUAUAAAUAUGUAUACAUCCUUAGAUUGUAUUGUAUGCAAAAAAUUACGCUGAUGUACGAAUCUGAAAUUAAUCUCGUAUACUACUUUUUUUAUUA